AUGGCCUUGCAAGACGUGUGCGGCAUUCGAAAGACCCCCGCAUACCACAGAUGGAAUUCUCCAGCCUUGUUCUCCAUGCCCGUGGGAGAUACCAUGCCGCACUUUGAUGAGGUGGGAGGGGGUCACCUUUUGCAGGAAGGCAGCAGCCCACUGCACCUGUGUGUUCCCUCCAUCAAUGGCAAAGACUUCCUAUCCUCCUCGUACUUGUCGUCGGUCCGGCCGCCAUUCUCGCUGUGUCAUGGUACCACCACCCUGGGGUUUGUGUUCCAGGAUGGCGUCAUUGCAGCAGCGGACAGUCGCGCAAGCUGCUCGGGCCUGGUCGCCUGCCCGGCCGUACAGAAGAUCAUGCCGGUGCACUCCCACCUGGUGGUCACCACCUCGGGCAGCGGAGCCGACUGCAUGCUCUGGCAGCGCAUCCUGGCCCGCGAGUGUCGCCUCUACCACCUCCGCAACCACCGGCGUCUGUCAAUAGGGGGCACUGCCAAACUGCUCGCCUACAUGCUGCAUCCGUUCAAAGGCACCGACGUGUGUGUGGCGCUCACACUGUGUGGCUGGGAUGCUGGUGGGCCAAGGCUGUACUAUGUGUGCAGUGAUGGGACCUGCCUGCAGGGGGAGCUGUUCUCGGUGGGCUCCGGUUCCCCGUACGCCUACUCCGUGCUGGACUGCGGGCUGCAGUGGGGGCUCAGCUUGUCCGAGGCCGUCUCACUUGCCCGGGAGGCAGUGUACAGGGCCACCCACAGGGAUGCAUACUCCGGGAACUGCGUGGACGUCUUCUACAUCAACUCCCAAGGAUGGAGGUGCAGAGAGAGGGAAGACCUCAGGGAAGAGUACUACAGGGAGAGGGAGAAGAGGAAGAUGAGGCAGGGAGAACAGGAAAAGUGCGGACUGAGAGACAAGUGAGGCAGGAAGGCUGGAGACAGGGUUAUCGCUGUGUAAAUAUAAA